AUGGCACACAUGGAUGCCUCCGAUCUGGCCGUGACGGUCGAGCUGAAGACGCCGCGCGCGGCGCCGACCACCGAGCAGGGCGGGCUGUCCUCCGAGAAGCCCCCCCCGGCCGCCGAGAAGGGCCUGGCGCCCGAGUUCCAUCUCCCCGGCCUCGACGACCUGUGCAGCAGGACCAGGGUGCCCAGCGACGCCAGCAACUUCAGCCGCAGGUGGAGCAGCUGCAGCGGCUCCCCGGGUCCGGAGCACAGCGACGCCACCUUCGGGCUCGAUCUCGUGCAGGGCCCGCCCGCGGUGAAGGUGUUCACCCACAAGCGCACGCGGUCUGUGCGGAGCAGCCCCGUGCAGGAGUAG